AUGGAAGGGGGGUGGCCUUUGGAGGGGGGAGUCCUCCUCUGCCUCAUUGUCAGCCUUCUGCUUCCAGGAAGAGGCGAAGCUGUCACCAUCAAUUGCUCUGGCUUUGACCAGUACGGGGUGGAUCCUGCUGCCUUCCAAGCAGUGUUUGACAGAAAGGCCUUCCGUCCAGUCGUCAACAACAGCAUCCCCACUCAUGUCAACAUCUCCUUCACCCUGUCUGCCAUCCUGGAAGUGAAUGCACAGCUUCAGCUUCUGACAUCAUUCCUGUGGAUGAAUUUGAUGUGGGACAAUCCUUUAAUCAGUUGGAACCCGGAAGAGUGCGUCAGCCUCAAAAGACUCACUGUCUCGGCUGAAAACCUGUGGAUCCCAGACAUCUUCAUCUUGGAAUCCAUGGAUGUGGAUCGAGCACCACCAGGUCUCACCGCCUUUGUCAACAGUGAAGGUCGAAUGAAGUACGACAGACCAGUGCGGGUGACCAGCAUCUGUAACCUGGACAUCUUCUACUUUCCUUUCGACCAACAGAACUGCACGCUCACCUUCAGUUCCUUCCUCUACACAGUGGACAGCAUGCUUCUGGGCAUGGACAAGGAAGUGUGGGAGAUAACAGAUACAUCUCGUAACCUCAUCCAGACCCAGGGAGAGUGGGAGCUCCUGGGCAUCAACAAGGCCACCCCAAAGAUGUUGGUCGGCAGCAACCUAUAUGACCAGAUCACGUUCUAUGUGGCCAUCAGGCGCAGGCCCAGCCUCUACGUCAUAAACCUCCUGGUGCCCAGUGGCUUUCUGGUUGUUAUCGACGCCCUCAGCUUCUAUCUGCCGGCAGAAAGCGAGAAUCGUGCCCCAUUCAAGAUGACACUUCUGCUGGGCUACAACGUCUUCCUGCUCAUGAUGAAUGACUUACUCCCAGCGACUGGCACCCCCCUCAUCAGUGUGUACUUUGCCCUGUGUCUGUCCCUGAUGGUGGUCAGCCUCCUGGAGACCAUCUUCAUCACCCACCUGCUGCAUCUGGCCACCA